AGAUAUCUGGACUAGAAGAAGGAGAACAAUUAGAAUAACGGGACACCCUAGAUAACGACCAUAUGGUUAUGUUUGGAAUUGUAUCAUUGUGCCAUAAUUUGUAUAAUCCUCUCGAUGAUUAAUAACCUUUUAUACACUACAUUGCCUUGAGUUGUUCAUUGGGGUAUGCGUGCUGGGGGCUCGAGCUAAUUAAAGUGUUAAUUGAUAAGCAAUUUAGUGUGAGAGCACGCGGUAAACGUCGACGUGAUUUGGUAGAAGUAUCGAGAGUGUGAUAGACCGAAGGACGGAAUCACAACCUCUACCAUCUCCACAGGCUCUUCUCCAGGAGUUUCGCGUAUUAAUGCCUGUUCCAUUCACUUCACACACAGAAAUCCAUGCAAGAUUUUUGCCACUUGCCUGCAGUCACAUUGAUUUUUUUGGUUUGUUUGCUUGGUUUUUUUUUAAUACAAAGUCGUGAAAUUAUAUAUUUUCAGAUAAACUCAUAAAAUCAGCACAGCUUAUUAUAAAUUCCUGCAAUUUCAUAUUAACAAGUGCGCUAAAUUCCUCAAUCUUGUAUUUUCUAUUUAACUGCAGAAUAAAAACUCUUAAGUCUGGCUGUUUCUUCUCUAUUUUACAUUUAUAGAUAAAAAAACUUUGCUUCUAGUAGUAUAUUCUCUAAUGUCUUAUCUAUUGGACAGUUUGCUUCAUAUCCAAAUAGUAUUACAGAUUCGUUAAGUGCUAAUUUAUUAUUUUUAGAGCAUUUUUCCCUUAUUGCCUUUUCUAGGCUUGUCCAAAAUAGUUUGGUUGCCUUACAGCGCCAAAAUAGAUGUUCAAUUGUCUCCCUUUCGUUGCCACAGAAAUUGCAUUUAUUAUUAACUUAUAUCCCAUAUUCUGCCAGGGAGUUUGUACCUAGAAUUCUGUGUGUAAUUCUGCACUGAAACCAUCUCAGUUUAAUAUCUUUUAUUCCUUGAACCUUGGAAAAUAUUAUUUUCCAGGGUAAUUGGGCCCCUAUUUUAUUCUCCCACUUUUCACAACAUUUGGGCCUGAUUGUGUUUUCUGUCAAUAUUUCGUAAUAAUAUUUGGAACCUUUCUUUAUAGAAUCAAUUAGUUUAAUAGUUUUUGAGACUGAGUACAGCUCACACUCGAGGUUACAUGCGUUUUUGAGUGCUCUCGAUGAAACCUUAAGAAAACCUAUUAAGUUUAGUUUAUCUAUAUCAUCUGGACCAAAAGUGUAAAAGUGAAUUGUGUGUUAUAUAUCCUGUGGAAAUGCCGUUGGAAAUUACAACUUUCCGUGUGAGUUGUGGCCUUUUUUUAUGGCGAUUUGCUUACUUCAUGUGGCGAAGGGCGAAAACUGCUGCAAUCAUGCUUGGCAAGGUGAGAGCAAGGAAAACACAGUGUGUAUUGCUAGCUGUUAUCAUUUCAAGUCUUCUCAUGUGUGCUGGAGAUAUCGAACUAAAUCCUGGACCUCUUAACGGCGAGAUUAUUCAUGCUUCUCAUACAAGGGACCACAGCCCAUGUACGUAACAAUAUCUAUUGUUGUUCCAUACUUGGCAUUAAUUUCACCCAGGGACAAAAGUACACCAGAUUCAUUAUAGAAAUGUUGAAUUCUAUAUAACCCCAUACUAACCCAGUUUUUGAAGAAAAUAACCUUCUGGCCAAGCUGCAAUCUACUGUUUAAGUGUAUUGGUUCUGCCAUCACCUCCUCUGAUGUCUCUGGCUUGACGUAAUAAUAAAAUUCCUUAUAAGCAUUUAAUACAUCUUUCCAAAAUUUAUUUUUAUGUUGUGUGUCAGGGUUAGGGUUAGGUUUUAUGUUGUGUGCCAUAUUUAUCUAUAUCUACGAGUUUUGGGUAUAUCUUUAUCACUACAUCUUUCCAUUGGUGUUCAGUGACAUUUAGCUUUUUAACUAUCUGGUUAGGAAAUAGAAAAAAUUCACCCAUAAAAUAUUCCCCACACCUGAAGUUUCAAUGGAACCCAGCAGAAUUUAAAAUAUUAGGGAUAUGGCUAAGCACUAAGUUAGAAACAUGUUACACUCUAAACUUUAAGGAAAAAUAUGCUGAAACGAGGAAUUUAAUGAAAUCUUGGCUUAAACAAGUUAUUACACCAAUGGGAAGAGUGGCUGUGCUAAAAUCAUUAAUACUAUCAAAAUUAAUUUAUUUAUGGAUACUGCUGCCUAAUCCCCCUAUCCAAGAUAUACAAGAACUCCAAUAGCAAUGCUUUAACUUUGUGUGGGAUGGAAAACCUGAUCGAAUAAACAGGAAAGUUGCAGUGAAAACUGUUCGUAAUGGUGGCUUAAAUAUACCCAACAUUUAUCAAUAUAUAAAAGCUAAUAUGGAUUAAAACUGACACUUUAAACUUUAUUCACUUGCCCUGAAUGUUGCACUGCAGGCAGUUAUAAAGAGCUUGUUGGAGAUCAAAAUGGGUUAUUCACAAAAAAUUAAUAUCAAAUGUCAGAAAUGCCCAUUUGCCACCCAAAAAUACUCCUGUUCGCGAAUUCAGGUAAGGGGAAAAGCGAAUACAGUUUUGGACAUAAAUAUUGCUAUGGUACUUUGUUUUAAUGAACUUGGCCUUGGUCACGCAGCAGUCAAAAAUUUUCAUCUUUGUGAAACAUUCCUGGCAUGCAUCACAAAACAUACCAAAAAGACCGGCACAGCACAUAUUAACGUUAGUGAAAUGGUGAAGACAUCCGCUGAAGCUGUGCAUGAUGCUUAUGCAAAUGUUUUCAGCAAUGUCUCUCCCCAUAAUAAUGAUGAUUAUAAUAAUGAAAAUGGUGUUUCCCCCCUUGAUGUUAUCGUUAAAGCAUUAUGUUUACUCUGUUCAUUGUAUUUUCUACAUAUUGUCUUUUUGUAAGGUGUAGUGUGUUUACUGUGUUUAGUUACUUUGUAAUGUUUGAUAAGAGUGGUUAAAUUGGUUGGUUGGACAAAACAUCGUGUGCGGGCCAAGCCGGCACAUCUCCCCUGGCUGGCGCGACACCCAUCUCGCUGCCGGUGUCCAGUGUCGGUGUCAACUUCAUCCGAGCACCUAAUGUGGACGUACGGCCAGGGAAGAGAAUUGUUCCACUGCUUUUGGUAGUGGUUUUGGGCCACCCUCCUCGGCGGAGAAAAACCCACCGAAAAAUGAACAAAGUAGGGAGGAGAGAAAGAAGCUUCACUUUUCCAGGCAGUGGGCUAGAGAGUGGCCACGACAGAAAGUCCGUCUCGUAACAGACGUUAAAGGGUCCGAGGGACCUUGAGUUUUAUCAUCUUCUGUAGUGCGUGUGUGAACUCCAACGUGAGGAUUAGUAGCGACCUGCAUUUUAUUGAACUUAAACUUCACUAGGAUCUGUGAACUCUUACAUGCGGAUGUGUAAUCUGUGGAAUACUAAGGACCAUCAGUGAGAUAACUGUAAUAAGUCAUUUAGUAACCAGAUGUGUGAUGUGUAUAAAUUUACCCAUGUAUUUCUGAAAUUAUAUUCUUUAAUUAUUAUCACAAACUGAAUUGUUGUAAUUAGGUGUGUGGGCGAAUGUAUGAACGAAAGAGUAUCCAUUGCGCAGCAGGGCCCACGUCACCGUCCAUUACAACAUAUAAAACCGUUUAUGGAAAAUAUUAAUGUCCCAAACAAUAAUGUACAGCAUUCUGUUAAUUAUUCUAAUGAUGGUGUACUUCUUGUUUCAGGUGAAGGCAGUCUCAAAAUCCAGCAAGAGCCAAUAGGAGCAGCUGGCAAUGCUGACAAGUAAAAGGCAGUUGUGUCAGCUUUGAGUUUGCUUGCCGAGGCAGCAAGUGUAAUAGGGAAUAAAGAGAAAAUAAACAAAUUACUUUGCGAUGAUUUUUCAAAUGACGACGAUGAUUUUGUUUUAGGUUUUCCAACGAAGCGUAAGGCUGCAUGUUUAGAGAAUGAUGAUGAUGAUGUGUACUUUGCACACGAAUUUGGACCCAAGCGAAGACAUGCCAAGCCUUUGCCAGUUAUACCUGCUGAGAGACAGAGCCACAGCAUUCGGGAAAUGAAGGCUAUCUUGAGUGCAAAGACAGAGCUGUGUGAUCUUCACAUCGAUCACUUCUCUGCCAUGCAUGUCGUAAGAGGUGAUUAAGGUGGACACCUCACCUAGAGCUAAAGUAGGUUGUGGUAAAAAAUAGAUGUUACAGAAACCAAUACCAGAAUACUCGCUACGGUUGGCAAAGGUAAUGUAACACACCAGGUGACUGGACUUAUGAAGGACAGCCAAACCCGAGAUGGAGCUGGCGCCCCGACAGUGGAUUUACUGAAACCGAGGAAAAAGUUGAGGUGCUGGAAUGUCCAGACCUUGUACCAGACUGACAGGAUGCUCCAACUAGUCAACGAGUUUGACAACUACAUCCUGGAAAUCACGGGCACAGGAAAGAGGAGAUUAGCGUCAGGACACACUACCAUCUUGUUCUCAGGAAGAUCAGUCGUUUAGCACUCUGAAGGAGUAGCACUUCUCCUCAACAGGAAAACUGAAAAGGCACUGAUGAACAUAUCAUGGUGGUGCGUAAUUUGCAGGCAAAAACCAGCAGUGAAACUAUGAUGCAUGCAUCUGCUGAAGCUGAGCGUGAUGUUUAUGCUGAUUUAAACACUAACUUGUGUAAUGGUGAUGUUGGUGCUAAUGAUAAGGAUGAUGUUGAUGAUAAUACUGAUGAUGCUAAAGGUUUAUAAUGAUCUACACUAUUUCUAAAUGAAUUUAUUUCUAAAUUUCACUUGAAUAGUUUAUUGCAAACACAUCAACUGAUUCCUGAUUUAUGUUAUUGACUACCCAUGUUUUUUAUGUGCUAAUGCCUUUUCAUACUACUUUGCUUUGAAAAUGACAUUUGCAAGUAUAUUUGGUAUAAUGGGAAUUAAAGGUAUGAAGAUGGUAAUUUUAUCAUCCCCCCUCCCUCCCUAAACCCAAGUGAAUUUAAAUUGCCAUCACAAAAUUAAUACACUCAGUUGACAUAAUAUAUGUACAUCCCUUGUUACAUUUGUAUUAUUACUCAAGCGAGUACAGAUUUUGACAAUAAUAGUGCUAUGGCACUUUCCUUUAAUAAACCUGGCCUUUGUAACGUAGCCAUGAAUAAAUUUUCAGCUUCGGUAAACAUUUCUGGCAUGCAUUAACAAACAGAUUGCAGACAAAAACGGUAGCCUUUACCAUCAUCUGAGAUGCCCUGAUGGCCCCAAGUCUUGGUGUUUUUAUAAAAGAGCAGCAGCCAAAGGCAAGACACCAGGAAAACAUGUUGCUUGGGCCAUUUGCCCCAUACAUGAAAGAAUGUCAGACCCCAAUCUUCUGAAGAGAAUGCAGCAUGGUAGAACGCAAAAUGCCAAUGAAGCCCUAAAUGCCACCAUUUGGGCUAGAUGUCCCAAAACAAGCUUUGCAGGUGCUGCACAGGUUAAAUCAGCUGUAUCACAGUUUAAUCAAGGUUCAGCCCACCCUUCCCAAGUGAUGAAAUAUCUUGAAGUUGCUCCAUCUAUCAUCCUGGUAUACUAGUAUGUUUAUAAUGAUAAACAUUGAUUAAAAUAAAAACUUUCAUUGUAUGUACCCAAAAAAAUUUGCCACACGCUAUAAAUAUGCUAUUUUAACACCCUAUGGUACGUAUUCAAAUAGAAUGCUUCAACCUUUUGCAUGUUCAUUUGCAGCAACUUUCAAGCUGGGGAUAACAGAAGGUCCAAAAUUUCCAAAGGUAAUGUGUUUAAUAUCAGUUUGAUUUUCACAACUUUUUUGUUUGCACACAGGCUUGGGUAUGCAGUCAUUUUGUUGAAAAAACUAAUGGAAGGAAAUAGUCAACGGUUGACCGUCAUGUAUGACAUUGCUUGUGUACUUGAAGCACAUUUAAAGGUUUGUGUAUUUUCUAUGUAUUAAUUGAGUUAAAAACUGACAGAUAUGUUUUCUUUAUUUUCUUGCCCUGAAUGUUGCACUACAGGCAGUUUUUAAGUUUUUUUUUGGCGAUAAAUGGGGAUAUUCACGACAGAUAAAUAUCAAAUGUCAGACGUUCACAUUUACCGCCCAAAAAUACUCCUGUUCGCGAAUUGAGGAAAGUGAAAAGACAAGUACAGGUUUUGGCAUAAAUAGUGCCUUGGUACUUUCUUUUAAUGAACUUGGCCACGCAGCCAUGAAUAAAUUUUCAGCUUUGGUAAACAUUCCUGGCAUGCAUCACAAAACAUACCAAAAACUGACCAAAAAGAUCGGCACGGCACACAUUAAUGUUAGAGAAAUGGUAAUGAAGGCAUCCGAUUGAGCUCAUAGAACUGCAGUGUAAUGAGUCUCUGAAGGCAAAGUACGACUGUGUGGGGCCUGCACAGUUUACUCAUUCCCUCCCAUAAACAAUGCCCCAGCUUUGUCUACAUGUGCCUCGAAUCUUGAGCAUGUUUGGCAGCACACAUCUGUGUGAGCAACGUUUCUCUGUGAUGAAGAACAACAAAACAUCACACAGGAGUCGUCUUACUGAUGUACACUUGCAGUCCAUCCUGAGAAUCUCCACAACACAGAAACUUACUCCAAAUAUAAACGAACCUGCUGCCAAGAAAUGAUGUCAAAUGUCCACUUCUGAAUAAAUAAAUUAAGAAGAAAAACUGCUAAGCCUUGGUUUGUUAUUACUUUAAUUUUGUUUACACAAAAUUAAUAACUAAAAGUUCAUUUUUUUAGUGUUCACUAAAAAGUUAUCAGACUUAAAUAAUAACCUACGGCCCGCCACCUUGUGUGAUGUGAGAUUUGGCCCCUUGGGUUAUUGAGUUUGACACCCCUGUCCUAGAUUAUACAGUUCUGUCUAAGCACUGCCAGGCUUGUAAAGUUGCCAAAGUUACAGACAUGACUGUUGAGGAGAGAAAAGAAUGGGAUAAACAGCAUAAGGACAGCUGCACACUUAAUUAUGAAGGUUCAUCAAAGGCAAUGGAGAAGGAGGCAGCACUCAUACUAUGGGGCAGAUCUUUAGACAAGCACAACAUGCAAUAUACCAGUAUGCUGUCAGAUGGUGAUUCUACUGCCAACUUAGCAUUAACAGCAGCAAAUGUGUAUGGCAGCACAAAGAAAAGUUAGAGUGUGUCAAUAAUUGCCACAAAAGGAUGGGAGCAGUUCUUAGGAAAAAGGCAACAGAGGAAAAAUUAGGAGGAAGGAAGUAUGGAGCCUUAACAAUGAAUGUCUGCACAAAACUGCAAGAAUAUUACAGAAAUGCAAUCAACAAACAUCUGGGAGAUGAGGGUAGCGAUCUGGGCAACAUUGCUACACUGUAUGUCUACAGAUAACAAACCACAUCAUCUGAGAUGUCCGGAUGGCCCAGACUCUUGGUGGUUCUGUAAGAAAGCAGUAGCUGCGGGAGAAACCCCAGGAAUGCUUAUGAAGUUGCACGUGCCAUUCAACCCAUCAAUGAAAGAAUGUCACCCCUAAACUUUGAAGGAGUACACAGCAUGGAAAAACCCAAAAUGCAAAUGAAGCCUUGAUUGCAACCAUCUGGGCUAGAUGUCCAAAGACAAAAUUUGUGGGUGCUGCGCGUGUGAAAUCAGCAGUUGCAUCAGCUGUAUCCAUUUUUUAAUCAAGGCUCUGCUCAUUUCACUCAGGUGAUGAAACAUCUUGAUAUUGUUCCAACAGUAACCAUUUUGAAAGACUAUCAAGAGCAUCGAGAUGAAAAGAGAUGUAGGCAAUCAGACAAAGACGCCUACUGCAGCUUAUAAACACCAAAUAUUUUUUGAAGUGAUCUGUAUGUGUUAUAUACAUAUUAAAUCUUCAAACUUGAAUUUCUCUGCCAUUUUUGACAACCAGUCGUUAACUAUAAAAGCACUUUGUCAAGAUAGGCUUGUGCUACAGCACUAAAAUUUUGCAGUAGUUAAUUGCCAAUAGUUAGUAGUAGUUACCAAAUGCAUAAGCUAUAUAAUAUGAUGUAAAAUGAUGUCAGGUGAGAGAAUAGAGAGUUUGAGAUUCAGCGCUAGCGCGCCGCGAAACGGGAGCGGCAACCUGUAGCGUCACGGGAACUUGAGCCCUACGUCAUCACUUCUGCCAAAGCCAGCCGCAACGGGUAAAAUGGAAUCCAGCAGUUGUGACCAAAACGGAGGCAAAAAAAUCAUCCGUUUCACAUCGGAAAUGGACCUGCAUUUAUUGAGGCAGGUCUUGUUUGACCGGCCUUUCGAAAAAUCUGGGGCUGGCUGGAAAAGAGUGGCUGAUUCCUUAAGAUGUAUUGAACAAUUUUCAACACUGGAGGCUCGGAGAGUCCGAGAGAGAACCAAUCUUUUGAUUGAACAAUUUAAGCGCACCCAGAAUAUACAGCAAGCAAAAUCAGGGGAAGAAGAGGAACUAACAGAAAAGGAUCAUCUGCUCUUAGAAAUAAUAGGAAUCAAAGAAAGUAUAGAAAAUGAAGAGAUGGGGGAAAAAAGUCAGAAAAAAAAAAAAGAUGAAGUGGAGCAGAGGAAACGUGCUGUAGAAAUACGUGCUGCAGCAAUGGAGUCACGAAAAAGAAAACAAAGUGAAGAUGCUGCUGGACCUUCUUCAUCUAGCAGUGAAGAUGUUGUGCCUUCUUCAAAGAAGAAAAAGCCUAAUGAUCUUCUGUUAGAACUUGUUAUUAAAAGACAAGUAGAAAAGAGGGAGGAGAGGCUAGCAGAACUGGAGAUAAGGAGGCAAGAACUGGCCCUGGAGCGGGAAAAAUUUGAAGCGGCUAGUGCUGAGCGGAAUGCUUUUCUGCUGCUACUUCAUAAAUUUUCUGAAAAAUGACUUGAAAAUUUUUUGUUCUAUUUUGUGUUAUU